AUGCAGUCCUCCCCUCCCACAAGCAUUGGGAAAGCGCGCACUAUUCGCGAGCUUUCGCGCAGCCUGAGCCACAGUCCACGCAGCAUCCCAUCCCCUUCACCCCCGCCCAGCGACUCAAAUCCAACCAAACACUCAGGGUUCGGCACCGAGACGUCCAACUUCUUCAACGAUCCCGACGUGCUCAUGUCAACACAACAAAACUUCGCGGACGAGACAAACACACUGCCCCAGUACCCGCGCAUUCGCUCAACCGCAAAGAAGAUGAACACCUGGCAGCCGCUGCGAUCCGAGCAGUUCAAUCCAGACACGUCCAUGGUGAACAAAGAGUUUGGCGACUUUGAUCACAGCAUCUCAGACGAAGAGAGCAUUUCCGUCGAACAGGCGCGUGGACUCCACCACAGCAACCGCAGCACACCAGUCAGGCAGAGCUCCGCGUUCCACAGCCUGUACGACGUCACACCGCCUACAAACCGGACGCGCAAAUCCUAUGUGGCCGAGACUGGAAGCCUUCGACGCGACGCACAGAUCCGACGCGCCUCGCGUAACGACCUCGACACCGCGUCGCCGCGCCCUGCCAGCAAGCGCAACUCUCCCGCCGUGCCAGCGAAGGAGAACAAGCGCAACUCUCUCGCACAGCUUCACGCGAAACUUUCUGAAGACGAGUCAUCCUUUAUGCAGGACCGCCCGCCUACACUGACUGUCAACUCGACCAAGAACACGCGCUGGGGCAACCGGAGCCGUCAGACAUCCCUUCAGAUGGAUGGUAUCGUCGAGGAAGCUGCGCGUUCCAACGCUACGCCUCGAUCGCGUCCUUCGACCGCUCAGAACGCGACCGCACAGUCUUUCAUCCUCCCUGACUUGCCCAACCUUACCGAGCUAGUCUCUGGCGUCUUUGGAGAUGGCACACCGGUCUUCUCGAAGAGUGCUACAGCUCGAUCGCGCUUUGCUGCUCCUCCUGGUGGCGGUCGUCGUCCCAACCACAUCCCCAUCGACAGUGUGCCCAUCCCUGACGAAGAGAAGGCCAUAUUCUCUGCCCUGCAGCAGCUACAAGAGAAGGUCGCACAGAUAGAGGCUGAGCGAUCUGAGCAGGACAGGAGGAUCGAGGAGCAAGACCUGGAGUUGAUCGAGCUCAGGGCUUCCGCACAGGCACACGAAAAAUCGCGAAGGAGCGACAGUGCGAACGACUCAGAUGCUGGCAAGGGCCACUGGAAGAUUGAGAAGACGCGCCUCGACGCGACUGUACAGACCCUCCGAACCAAGCUGGACCGCGCCGACCGCAAAGUUGCCGUCCUCGAGAUCGAGAAGAAGCGACUGACCACCGAGCGCGACAACAUGACAAACCAGCUGGGCGUUGCUUUCCAGACCUGCGAGGAACUCAAGAACGAGAAACUGUCUUUGGCAGACGAGAACGACGCACUUCGCCAGGAGAUCGAUGCGCUGCGAGGCGAUAACGACGAGCUACGUGACCAGCUGAACCAGGAGCUCUCACAUCACCGCGAAGAGACGGUGCAGCUUCGACAGCAAUUCGACCAGGCUGCGAACGCGACCGAGAAACAGAACGCGACUUUGAAUGCUGAGUUGGCUCGUAUUCGUGCUCAGCACGACGAGAACACCCAGCAGCUUGCUCGUCAAGAUGUUGAGCUUAGGAAAGCGCGUCAAGAGAAGGCCGAAUACGCGCGGCUCCAAUCUGAUAACGAGGCGCUAAAGGCGCAGCUCGCGAGCAUGAAAACCAAGCGUGAAGAGGAAGUCAAGAGGUGGACCCGCCAGGAAGCUGCAAUGAAGGCGCAGGUCGACCGUCGCGACGAGACCAUUCGACACUUCCAGGACGCGACCCAGGAAGAGACCAACGAAGCGAUGCGCCUAGACAAUGAGAACCUUCGUCAGGAGCUCGCUCAUCUUUCGGCUCAGCAUGAUGACGACUACGAGAAGUGGGCAAGGAAGGAAAGCCAGUUGAAACGCAAGGUCCAGCAACGCGAGGCUGCUGCCAGACAGACUCUGGAUUUGACACGCGAAGUACUGAACAUCCGCGAGGCGAACGGACAGCAAUUCAGUGUACCUGUGCAGGAGGACAACACUCGCCAGGAGACCCUUCAGCGCAAGCCCAGCUACCGUCGCGAAGACACACGUUCCCGCAUCAAGAGCCGCGUCCAACAAGAGUCACGCAACAGCCGAGUUGUCAACACAACACAGCAACCUGGCCGUGUCGAGGACAAUCUGCGCAAAGAGUAUACUGGUGUCUCUAGGAAGGACUUCAGCAGGACUCUGCCAGCGGACACUCGACGCAGCUUCUCUGCAUCUGCCGCCGAUAAGAACGCACAUGUGGACAGCGAUAUCGAAUCGACCACCGACCUAUCUCUCAAGCCUCACGGCACACCGUACAUGUCGCGGAGCGUCCAAUCCGCGAAACCAACCAUCAACGUCCAGCGCCCUGCUGAUUUGGACCUGACUGAACUGAGCUUCAUCGGUAGCGACGUCAUUGCUCAGCUUCGUCGCCAGUUGGAGGAAGAGCGUGCUAAUGCACGUCGCGCGUCGUCCGCUCCAUUUGAGCAGACUGCUCGCGACGAGACUGUUCGCUCGGAGCGACAGCCUCGCGAAGAUACGCUCAGGUCUGUCGCGUCAGCUAAGAGUGAACGCCGGCCAUCUCUGGUGCGCAAGUCGUCGCUCAAAGAUACCACUCAGCGCACCACAGCGAGUCAAUUUGAGGACGACUUCACUGGCGACAUGUCGAACUUGGACGCGGAUACCGAAGCCACACAGACGAAGCAGUCCGCCUUCGAGCUCUCCAUGCACAGCAACACCAGCCGUCGUCGCCGUAGCGCUCCUGUAGAGAUGACUUCCGCUUUCAUCGUCCCCGACAUCAAGAUCGAGGCCCGCAGACCGUCCAUUACCACCUCGAACGUCUCCAAGCACAACAAGAACCACGACAACGACAACUGCACUGUCUGUCGCCGCGAAGGCCUCACCUCUACCACCUCCGCUCUCCGCGUCCCCCGCCUGGUUCCCGUCUCCGCCCGCAUGUCUGACGAAAUCGAUGCAACCCUCCGCCCUGCCCGCUCCCCUAAGGAGGCCCUUGCCUUUGUCGUCAAGGAGCUGCAAGACGAGCGGGCUCACUUGCACAUCGAGCUUGCGGCCCUCCGUGCCAUGCUUGAGAUGCACGACGCGAGCCAGGGCAACCGCAAACGUGUUGAGAUCAAUGCGGACAUCCAGGAAACGCUCCGCCGGUUGGAGAUCAAGGAUGCGCAGAUCUACAACCUCUACGACGUCCUCGAAGGCCAGGCUGCAGAUGGCGAGAUCACGGAGCAGGAUGUUGAAGACAUCACGGAGCAAAUUCGUGCUGAAGACUUGAAGAUAGGCAUGAACGAGGAUGUGGACAUGAGCCACGUUGAGUUCCAGAGGGGCAAGAAGGGACAGGGGAAGCGUGUUACAAUUCGCAGCUUUGUCGAUGAAAGCGAGAGUGAAGAGGAGACACAGACGAGGGAUAUUGGCAAGGACGGCAUGAGGAAGACGAUACAAGAUGAUGAGACGGAGGAGUUGCCCUGGGAGGGCUUUGAGGAUAGUGAGAUUCCCGAGGGAUGGGGCAAGGUGCACUGA